AUGCAAAUCAGUGUUGAGCCUGAUGUCUUUGAGCAGUUUCACAAGUUGAAGCAACUACACAAACCAGUUGGGAGUGACAGUGAAUUUCUCUCUUUUAUCGUGUCCCACAUUCAAAAGUGUUGUUACAAAAGCGACAGUUGCAACCCAACUGUUCAAGCUCUUCCGAAUGGCACAUCUCUUCGGUCAUGCCCAGAAUGCAAAUUUUCAGCCGGCACGUCUGAACAGCUUUGGGAUCAUUUCGAAAGUGUUCAUCCUGAUGAAGGGAGCUUCUCUUGUACAUGUGGAGACUCUUAUAACCGUUUGCCGUUGUUUUUGAGGCACUAUGUAGAUUGUCCCGUAGCAUCUACUGACUUGGAAGAUCCUCGUCGCAACUUUGCCUCGCUUAAGGACGGACGUAGAAUUCUACCUAGCAUCCUUCAUUCUAACUGUGACGGUAUAGCGGGUACGAAAUUGGGUCAGCCUAAUGUCUACCACCCUUACCGCCAGCCUACAGUAUCGUCUGCUCCAGGUCCGUCAGGUGACAAGCCAUACGGUUGUCCAAAAUGUUAUAAGGGUUUUAAAAGCAAAUCUCUUCUCGACCAACACAUGCAUCUCCAUUUUCCUCCUCGCUACAAAUGCAGAUGGUGUGGUAAUGUCUACCGUUGGCCACCUGUUUAUUACCAUCACAAGCAACGGUGUAAAAAACGUCCGGUCAUUAGUAUGAGUGAAAUCGGUCACGCUUCUGACUACCGUUGUCUUAAUGGUUCGAUUAUGAAAGUCGAGGAUUCCCAAAUGCAUGUCGAUCAUAUUUCACCGAGACAAACCGCGUUCAACCGUUUCGUGAAUGCACCAGGAGUUUCUUUCACUCAAGAACUGGCGAACGACAACAUCAUUCAGAAUGUUCCAGUCAUCGGAGACGAUGCAGCUAACUGUUCGCUAACAUGCCUAUGCACGGAAAGCUUUCUAAAUGUCCCUUCCUACCUUGAGCAUGCAACUAUAUGUCCAAAAGUUGUGUCGGCGUCCUCUGUCUUCGAAAAUCUUGCUAAUAGAGCCCUGUCUACUUCAAACAACUUAGGAUUCAGAUCUCCGCGACAAAGAAAUUCUAUUUCAAAUUUCCGGGAAUUACCGCCCGAAUAUCUUUCACAACUAAAAGAUACAACUUUAAUGCACUCUAAUCCUGGUGGUAUUUUUUCGUGUAACAUGUGUGGCAAGGAGUUCAACUCCAAACUAUCUCUCAAACAGCAUGUAGAUGGAAAGCAUCGUGCUGAAGGUAAGUACCUCUGUGGGAGUUGUGGUAAACGAUACCGUUGGGGUGCCUCGUUUUAUUACCACAAAAAAACAUGCGCCGGGCCUGUGUCUUGUGUACUCAAUUCUCAAACUCCGGAGCUUGUGACCACACACACUUAG